AUGAGUUUCACUGUUGAGCAAUCUAUUAAGUCAUUUGACGGUAGAUUGUUGAAAUUAUCGCACAAAUCGGAAGUCACGCACACGGAAAUGGCUGUCAAUGUGUAUUUACCCCAACAGUACUUUGCAGAGGGCUCAAAGAAGCUACCAAUUUUGCUCUACUUGUCUGGACUUACCUGUACUCCAAACAAUGCCUCAGAAAAGGCGUUUUUCCAACCGUAUGCCAACAAAUAUGGAUUUGCAGUGGUUUAUCCAGAUACUUCCCCCAGAGGUGCAGAUGUAGCUGGUGAGGAUGAUAGCUGGGACUUUGGAACAGGUGCUGGGUUUUAUUUGGAUGCUACCGAGGAACCUUGGAGCAAGAAUUACAGGAUGUAUACAUACUUGUUGAAGGAAUUACUUCCACUAAUCGGCAAGGAGUACGAGCGUUUGGAUACUACCAACAUUUCGAUUUGCGGCCAUUCGAUGGGCGGAUAUGGUGCACUGAUGCUCUAUCUAAAAAACCCGGAUAUUUUCAACUCAUGCUCAGCUUUUGCACCUAUCGCCAAUCCAAGUAAUUGUCAAUGGGGUCAGAAAUGCUUUGGAAACUAUUUGGGUAGUGAUAAAGCCAAAUGGGCCCAGUACGAUCCAUGCGAACUCAUUCAUAACUUUAAGGGUGAGAAGAAGCCGAUUUUGAUUCACCAGGGAACUGCCGAUAAUUUCUACAGAAGAGAUCAUCAGCUUCAGCCAGAAAAUCUAGUGAAGGCAGCAAAGAAUUCACCUUUGGAUGGAUUAAUUGACCUAAAACUUGUUGAUGGCUAUGACCACUCAUAUUACUUCAUCUCAAGCUUUGUGGCAGAUCACUGUGCUUUUCACGCUAAGUAUAUGGGACUUGACUGA